AUGGCCAAAGCCGAGUCCGAUCUCAGAUCCAUCCUCGAUGGUGGCUUCGAUCCUCGGGAGUUCCCCUGGUACGAGCCAGAGUUGACCGAGAUUCCUGAGCCAGCAAAGACUCUUCUCGAAAAUUAUAGCAAAAUCCAGCCCGGACAGGAGGUGGAACAUGUGAAGAAAGUGUCCCCGCUCUACCCGGAAAUCCUUGAUAGACUCAAGUCCGGCCAAAAGUUGCUUGAUGUCGGAUGUGCAGUCGGGCAAGAGCUACGUCAGCUGGUCUUCGAUGGGGUCCCCUCUGGGAACCUCUAUGCCUCGGACCUGCGCCAGGACUUCUACGACAUUGGGUAUGAUCUUUUCAACGACCACGAUCAUCUGAAAGCCCAGUUUAUUGUAGCAGACAUAUUCGACGACAACUCUGACCUUGUGAAACACUUGACCCACAAGAUUGAUAUAGUGAACGCCGCUUCCUUCUUCCAUCUUUUUAACUGGAGUCAGCAGAUCCUAGUUGCCAAGCAGCUCGUCGGGUUACUUCAGGAGAAACCUGGAUCACUUUUAAUCGGGCGGCAGAUUGGUCUAGUGAAUCCUCCACCUCCGGAAAACCAGGAGGCCGCUGGAAAACACUAUCGACACGACCCUGCCACGUGGAAGAAAUUAUGGGAGCAGGUGGGUGCCGAAACAGGGACGAAAUGGGACGUUGAGACUCGGAUAGAGAAGUGGGCUGGGACAGAUAAGACAAUGAAAGACUACCAUGAGGGGAUGGACACUUUUAAGCUGAGAUUUAGUGUUCGGAAGUUGUGA